AUGAAAAAUCAUUAUAAAAUUCCUGCACAACAUUAUGAUGAUUUUGAUCAUGAUCAAGAGGAUAGAUUACCAGCACCACCAGAAACAACUGAUAUAGCAACAAACUCAAUUGAAAGUCAACAAAUAACAACAGCACCAUCGCAACCACCACCACAACUUGUAUUUAAAACAGAAAUGCUAGAUUGGUUUCGAUCAGAUUUCGAUAAUUUUGAUUUGGGUCCAGCACCAACACAGCUUGCAAGUGAUCGUGUUACACGUUCAAUGAAAAAAUUACGUGUUCAAGAAAAUGAAGAAGAACCUGACAAUAAAGAGUGGGUGCACGUAGAUUAA